GGUGAUUUAUUUGUGAAUGAUAGCUCUCCCCACUUGAAGUUACAUUUCUGCUAUAUAACAACCUUACCUGGCUGAUGAUACUUUUGUUUUGGCUUAAAUUUCCGUUUGUAACAGCUACAUUUUAAAUCGGAAUUGUUAAAUAUUUUUUAAAGAUGAAAUUAGCUUUAGUUGUGGUUGCAGUUUGCAUUGCAUCAUGCUUCGCAGAAUCGGAAUCAGAAAUUAGAGAAAAGAGACAAACCACUAAACCGGGCCGAUUUUUAUCGUUACCAAUUCCCAGCAAAUGUGCAGGCCGUCCCAAAGAAUUCAACUAUCGAGGCAAAAACAUGUUCCUCAGCAGUCACGUUCCAGCAUUAGCCGGAAAGAAAGUCGAUUGGUUAGACGGUCGCAAUCUCUGCCGUGAAUACUGCAUGGACUUGGUAGCCCUAGAGACACAAGAAAAGAACAAUCUAAUCUUCCGUUUGAUUCAAACCAAUGAUGUUCCAUACAUUUGGACUGCCGGCCGUUUGUGUGAUUUCAAAGGUUGCGAGGGCCGAACUGAUUUGGAACCAAAGAAACUAUUCGGCUGGUUCUGGUCGGCAACCCGUGAGAAGAUUCAACCCACCAACCGAAUUCCACAAGGAUGGGGAUACAAUCCAUGGAGUCAGACCGGUCACAAGAAGGUGCCACAACCAGACAACGCUGAAUACGAUAUUAACCAGACCGCCGAAUCAUGUUUGUCAGUUUUGAAUAAUGUCUACAAUGACGGUAUUGCAUGGCAUGAUGUUGCCUGUUAUCACGAAAAACCUUUCGUCUGUGAAGAUUCCGAUGAGUUAUUGAACUAUGUAGCCGCUACAAAUCCUGGAAUUCGUCUUUAAGUCGACAAGAGUGUAGUAGUUUUCGUCUAUUUUGUUUUUUUCAAUUUAACAACAUCGGGCACUGUAUGUAUAAAUAUACAUCACCGAACUCUCCUAUUUUUUGACCAUUGUAUUGGUUUCGAUAGAUGGUUUAUUCUGUUUUAUUCUUCCAUUUGUUUAAUGGGAGUCAACCAUCAAAUUUUGAUUAUUAUUUUUUUUUUAAUUUUCCACUUUCGUUUCGCCUUUCUUUGUAAUUCGAUUAAGAAAGUGAGUAAAAGGAGCUUUUUGAGAUGGGCGCUUUAAAUUCGAUUAUUUUAUUCAUGCAUACCAAACAAAUAAAAAA